ACCGUGCCGCUGAUCUGCAGCUGAUACGCCUGCUCAAGGCCGUAAUCCGUGAACAGUCCAGUGAGAUGCGUCAGUUGCGUCUAAAUCUCUUGCAGAACGAGGCGUCCAUUGAU